AUGGAAGAGAAACGGACGAGUGAGACGGAGAAAGGAAGAGAAACGGACAAGCGAGACGGAGAAAAGCAGAGAAACGGACAAGCGAGAUGGAGAAAGGGAGAGAAACGGACGAGCGAGACAGAGAAAGAGGCAAACAAAGUGAGACAAACGUACGAGCGAGAUGGAGAAAGGGAGAGAAACAAACGAGCGAGGCGGAGAAAGGGAGAGAAACGGACGAGUGAGAUGGAGAAAGGGAGAGAAAUGGACGAGCAAGACGGAGAAAGGGAGAGAAACGGACGAGCGAGACAGAGAAAGGGAGAAAAACAGACGAGUGAGAUGGAGAAAGGGAGAGAGACGGACGUGCGAGGCGGAGAAAGGGAGAGAAAGUGA